AAACCAUUGCACUCACCGGAGAAAAGGGAUUUCCCCCCUCCCGCCCCCCUCUUGAUUACCUCCUGCUCCUCGCCUGCCGCUGCCGCCCGUCUCUGCCCCCCCAGGGUCUGUUUGAUCUCCCAUUAACCGAGGAGGAGAAUGUGAGAAAAGGGGGAAAAUGCCCAGGAGGAAGCAGGAGCAGCCCAAGCGCCUUCCCUCACAUGGUAAUAGACAGGAGGAAGCAGAAGGAGAACUUAGCGAAGAAGAACCUUGGUUUGGAAAUUCUUCAGAGACCCCGUCGGAAGCAUCCUAUGGAGAAGUCCAGGAGAACUUUAAGUUGUCUCUUGAGGACCGGAUCCAGGAGCAGUCCACCUCUCCAGACACUUCUUUGGGAAGUGCAACCCCAAGCAGCAACACAUUGGAAUUGGCAGCACUUGAAACCGAGGCCCUGAGAGACCCACUACAGUGUCAAGAUCACCUUUCUCCUGGCCUGUCUUCUUUGGGUGAAGAUGACCCCCUUGGCUCAAACAAGCCUCUAAGCAGCAACCUGAGACGGCUGUUGGAAGCCGGCUCCCUCAAACUCGACCCCAUAGUCCCAGCCAAUGGGCGGGUGGAGUCUCCAGUAAACCUUGGCUCAAAUCUCUCCUUUUCUUCGCCGUCUCAUCAUGCCCAACAACUAAGCGUUCUUGCCAGGAAACUGGCUGAGAAGCCAGAUCAGAAUGACCAAUAUGCGGCCAGUAACCAGUUUAUAUGGAAUCAAGGUAAGUGGUUAUCGAACUCGACCACUACCUGCGGCUUGUCCCCGGAUUCAGCCAUCCUAAAACUGAAAGCUGCGGCCAAUGCGGUCCUCCAGGACAAAACUCUCUCUAGGACGGAAGAGCCCGUGCGAUUUGAAUCCUUUUCCUCGCCGUUUAGUUCUCAGUCUGCCAGCUCCACUUUGGCGGCUUUAUCCAAGAAAGUGAGUGAGAGAAGUUUAACUCCUGGGCAGGAUCACCCUCCCCCAGCCAGCUCUUUCCUUUCCUUGGCUUCGAUGACCUCCUCAGCUGCUCUUCUUAAGGAGGUCGCCGCAAGGGCCGCCGGGAGUCUUCUGGCUGAAAAGCAAUCUUUGGUGCCUGAAGAUCCUCUUCCGUCACCUUCGGAGAAGAAACAAGAAAAAAUUACUCCACCGCCAUCCCUGGAAUUACUGUUACUCCCCGUCCCUAAGGGAAGGCUCGCAAAACCUUCCAAUCCAGCCCCAGAAGAAGAAGGAGGAAAACCUUUCCAGUGUCCAAUAUGUGGUUUGGUUAUAAAACGGAAGAGUUAUUGGAAGCGACACAUGGUGAUACACACAGGUUUAAAAAGUCAUCAGUGCCCUCUCUGUCCAUUCCGGUGUGCCCGCAAGGACAAUCUCAAAUCUCACAUGAAGGUUCAUCAGCACCAGGACAGAGGAGAGACCUUCCAGUGCCAGCUCUGCCCUUUCACCUCCUCUCGACACUUCAGCCUGAAACUCCAUAUGCGAUGCCAUCAGCACUUCCUGAGGACAGAAGCCAAGGUGAAGGAGGAGAUCCCAGAAACAGAGGUCAAGGGCUCACCGCAGCUCAGCGAGAAUGCCUGCCUUGGCCAACAAAGGGAAGGAGGAGGGACUGAGCUGUCAGGGACCAAGGCCGUGUCUAAAACGCCGGAGAGGACCGGCCAGGGUGGAGUUGGCGUCCCACCUUUGCUGGUGAAGGAAGAGCCCAAAGAGGAUAAUGGCCUCUCCACCUCUUUUGCCUUGAAUGCUGCAGACCGACCCACAAACCACGCAAAGCUGAAGGACACCUCGGACUUCGUGGCCAACACUGCGUCGGCACUGUUCAGCCAGGACAUCUCUGUUAAGAUGGCGUCUGAUUUUCUCAUGAAGCUGUCAGCUGCAAAUCAGAAAGAACCCAUGACACUUACAUUUAAAGUGAAAGAAGAGCCUAAGGAAGAAGAAAUUCCGAGCUCAAUCUUGCCUCAGUCCAGCUAUGUAUUCAACCGGGGAUCUGAUACGUCAGCCCCGAGCAUCCCCGAGGAUAUGCUUAAGCCACAGGAAGGGCAGGCAAACGUGCUAAAGCGGGACAUGUCGGUCAAAGCUGCGUCCGAGCUUCUCAUGAAACUAUCAGCUGAAAGCUACAAGGAAACACAGAUGGUGAAGAUCAAAGAGGAGCCCAUGGAGGUUGACAUACAUGACUCUCAUGUCUCUAUCUCACCCAGCCGGAAUGUUGGUUAUAGCACUUUAUUGGGGCGAGAGAAAACCGAGCCCCCACAGAAGAUGCCUGAGGACAGAGUGCCCCCUGAAAGAAAUCUCUUCAGCCAGGACAUAUCUGUGAAGAUGGCUUCAGAGCUUCUUUUUCAACUGUCAGAAAAGGUGAGCAAAGAGCACAAUCACACUAAAGACAACACCAUUCGGACCACCACCAGCCCUUUCUUUUCAGAAGAUACAUUUAGACAAUCACCAUUCACCUCCAAUUCAAAAGAUGUAUUGCCCAGUGAAUCUGCGCUUCAUGGAAGAACAUCAGCCCCAGAAACAGAAAAGAUAGGGCUGGAGGCCGGAAACGGAUUGCCAUCCUGGAAAUUCACCGAUCAGCUCUUUCCGUGCGACGUGUGUGGAAAAGUGUUUGGCCGUCAGCAGACGCUGUCCCGACAUCUCUCGCUACACACAGAGGAGAGAAAAUACAAAUGCCAUUUGUGCCCCUAUGCUGCUAAGUGCCGUGCUAACCUGAACCAGCACCUGACCGUCCAUUCUGUGAAGCUGGUGAGUACAGACACCGAGGAUAUUGUCAGCGCCGUCACCUCUGAAGGCAGUGAUGGAAAGAAACACCCUUAUUAUUACAGUUGUCACGUGUGUGGAUUUGAAACUGAGCUCAACGUCCAGUUUGUCAGUCACAUGUCCCUCCACGUGGACAAGGAGCAGUGGAUGUUUUCCAUCUGCUGCACCGCCUGCGAUUUUGUCACGAUGGAAGAGGCCGACAUGAAGGCCCACGUCGGCGCCAAGCACACAGGAGAUGAGAGGAAGACUCCCAGUGAAUCAAACAGCCCUUCUUCAUCCUCCCUCUCAGCACUUAGUGAUUCUGCCAACAGCAAAGAUGACGCAGAUGUCACCCAAAAAAACAAGGGUGGGACUAACCUCCUUGUCAUUUCCGUAGUGCCUGGUAGUCAGCCCCUACUCAACACCGAAGAGAAAUCAGACAAAGGGUUUGAAUGUGUUUUCUGCAACUUUGUCUGUAAGACGAAGAACAUGUUUGAGCGGCACCUGCAGAUCCACCUGAUCACCCGGAUGUUUGAAUGUGACGUGUGCCACAAGUUCAUGAAGACCCCCGAGCAGCUGCUGGAACACAAGAAAUGCCACACGGUCCCCACGGGAGGGCUCAAGUGCCCAUUCUGCAUUUACUCCACCAACCGCCCUGCCGCCAUGGAGUGCCACCUGAAGACCCACUACAAGAUGGAGUACAAGUGCCGGAUCUGCCAGUCGGUGAAGGCCAACCAGCUGGAGCUGGAGAUGCACAUCCGGGAGCACCGCCUGGGCAACCACUACAAGUGCGACCAGUGCGGCUACCUGUCCAAGACGGCCAACAAGCUCAUCGAGCACGUGCGCGUCCACACCGGGGAGCGGCCCUUUCACUGUGACCAGUGCAGCUACAGCUGUAAGCGCAAGGACAAUCUCAACCUGCACAAGAAGCUGAAGCACGCCCCUCGCCAGACCUUCAGCUGCGAAGAGUGCCUGUUCAAGACCACCCACCCUUUCGUCUUCAGCCGCCACGUCAAGAAGCACCAGAGUGGGGACGGCGGGGUGGAGGAGGAGAAGAAGGGGGCGGGCCCGGGCCCCCGGGAAGGCGGCGGGGGCGGCGGCCCUCUCCUGAUGGUUGGCGGCUCCAGGACCCUGCUGUCGCCCCUGUCCAUCAUGACGGCUUCCCAGGCCCUGCAGACCGUGGCCCUGUCCGCGGCCCAUGGCCCCGGCACCCAGCCGGGCCUGGCUAUCAAGAACCUGGCCUUCAACGGCUCCUCCGUGCGCUGCUUUGACAGGUAUCGGAACUCGGAUUUUGCCCACCUCAUUCCCUUGACGACGCUUUACCCCAAGAACCACUUGGAUCUCACAUUCCACCCGCCCCGACCUCAGACCGCACCUCCGGGGGUGGCUUCGCCCAAACACUCCUUCCUGGCCUAUCUUGGACUCGCGGAAAGGGCCGAGACUGUCUGAGGGCAGCCGGGUCCCAC